AUGCCACCCGUUCGCGCCCUACUGAAUGUCGCUGUGAUAGCUUACACGCUUUUAAAUAACGGCUUGUGCGUUCUCACGAGCAGCCGAAGUGGCCAAAGAAUUUAUCCCGCGCAUGAGACCCGCCAGGGAAGGAGCAGGCACCCACGGAGUCACCCACGGAGUCACCUUAAAAGUGCGCACCUGUACACGUAUGGAUAUGUGAAUGCCUAUCCAUGCGGUUUCAGAAAAAACGCGUUUUUACCAAGACACCCGAAAGGAAAUGGAAGCCUUACAGAGGAGGAAGCUUUGCGGAUGCACUUGCUAAAAGGAGACAAAAGAUAUUUUGAAAAAAAAAAAAAAGGACCUGAAAAAAAACUGUACGCUGAGAGUAUGUUCUUUAACCCCAAACAAUUUAAAAAUUUGUUUCCAGAGGAUGGGAAGAAAAAGGCGACGGGAAAAUAUGAUGAUGACUGUCUUGAUCUAGAAGAAGUGGAAAACUUACAGGAAAUCAGUCCAGAUUUGUAUAAAAAGUUAUCUGAUUAUAGGAAGGAGGAAGCUUUGGACGAAUCGAAAGGGGAAAGUGCUGAACCAGAGGAAACAUUUGAUGGAGUUGAUCCCAAGGACAUUUCAGUGUAUGAAGGGCUACCACUUCUGAUGAUUGAUGGGAAGGAUUUCGAUGGAUUUCCAGACAAUAGAAAGGUAAAGAUUUCUCCCCAAAUUGCAACUCCGUUCGAUAAUUCGGAGUACGAAGAAUUUGUGCAGUCGAAUGGUGGGAAGAGCGAUGUGUGUGCUGGAUCAGAUGGAAAUCUAUGCAAAGGGUCCAAAAAUAAAGGUUCCUAUAAAUCGGAUUCUGAUUUGCAUGAAAGCGUUCGCGCGGAGGAGGGCAAAGACGAGGACAUACCCGAUUUCGAAAGAGACGUACUCUCCAUCAUUGGUGAAGGGAAGCAGAGUCAUCCUAAAAGUAGGAGCGUGGAUGAGAACAGUGGAAAGGAACUCAACAAGGAGGAAAAAAUAAAAAGGUACAAAAAGGUGGGAAGGCAUCAUCAUAUAGAUUCUCAAUUAGGAGAAAUAUUAUAUGAUAGGGACUACCCAGGGUACAUAUAUCUAAAUCAUGGUGAAGACAUAAAAGAGCUGGACGAAAAGAGUGAGUACGAUUCAGAGUCGCCAGGAUAUAUAAAUCCAUCCAAUGUGUUUUUACGAACUGGAAGGAAGAGAGAAGAACAGAAGAAGAAAGAUAGUGGCAUUAAACAAAAAAGAAGAUGGAAUGUAAAAGGAGAAAAAGAUAUUAAGAGAGGAAAUUGGAAAUAUUAUGAUGACACAGUGAAAGAUCUGCUUGACUCAACUGACCAGGAAAAAUUAGAAGAAAAUUACUAUUCCAAUAAUUAUUACCAAAGGACCAAUAACAAUACAGGUUUUGGAAGCCUAGAUAAAGUUCAGAACAAUUAUUUUGAUGUACAAUUUAUUGGAUCCGCAGAAACGUACCCCGCAAAUGUAUCAGUAGGUAUGAAUUUCACUUGGCCAAUAAAUUUCAUCCCCAUGUUAUGCAAACAGUACCCAAAGAGGUUAGGACAACCUAUAAAAUCCGAUAUUUUUAACAUGGGUGGAUUUGACUCUCUUCAAUUAUGGUUUUAUCCGGAUGGAACAAACAAUUCCAUUGAUGGAUUUUGCGCUUUGAAAUUAGUGAUGAGACCGGGUUCCUACUUGCCCGUUAAAAUUUUUUUGUUUGCAUUUAGCGAAUAUAAUUAUGUGCACACGCAACCCUUUUACAAGGAAUCAGCUGACUACGUUGCGGCUUCGUUAAAUUUGUGCAAGUGCUUAUUAAAGACAAAAGAAAAUUUAGAGAAAAUUGAAAAUAACAAGGAUUACGUAAUUUUAGGGCCUGCAGGGAAUAUUUACAUCGGGGUUGGUAUUUUUGACGAUACGUAUGAUUUGGACGAAGACUUUAAAAAAUUUUACUCAAUUAGUAACAAAUAUAAAAAUAAGAAGGAGUGUGGGAAGCAGAACCAUGAGUUCAAGUACGAUUGGGAUGAAGGUGUCCAUAUUUUUGAUAACUGGCUGAAGAAACAGACGGCUGUGACGGAGGACAAGGACGAACUACUGCCUGUGCACUACACACAUUCGGAGUUGUACGAGAAUUAUAAAUACCGCUACGUCCCGGAGAAGAACCCCUUCAAGUUUUUGAACAAGGAGCCAGACAGAACCAAGUGGAACCGACACCCCUUUUGA